CGCAACUACCACCAUGAAGCUGCUCACAACCUCUGCGCUGUCUCUCCUGGCGGCAACGGCUGUGCUCGCUGUGCCGACCAGCGAUCAGGUCAUUCUCGACGGACUCAGCUCCGUCGCGAACGAGUGGAAGGAUGUGGCGCACGAUAUCCUGCGCGAGGGCAAGCAACGCGUCACGAAGUGGGUCGACGGAGGCAAGGAGUUCGUCCAGCAGCACGGCCUGACCUAUGAGCUCGUGUCGCAUCCGGCGUUCGACGAUCACCACCUGCGAAUGACGAAGCCUGCACUGUGCGAUACCGCGGUCAAGCAGGUCUCGGGAUACCUUGACAUUGCUGAUGACAAGCAUCUCUUCUACUGGUUCUUCGAGGCCCGCUCGAACCCAGAGAAGGCACCUCUUGUUCUCUGGCUCAACGGCGGACCGGGUUGUUCAUCCACCACUGGUCUGCUCUUUGAGCUCGGCCCCUGCCGCAUCGCUGAGGAGGGCAAGAACGUAUCUUUCCACCCGCACUCCUGGACGGAGAAAGCGAACGUCAUCUUCCUUGACCAGCCUGUCAAUGUCGGUUACUCGUACGCCGAUGGCGACACGUCUGUGAACACCACCCCCGUCGCAGCAGAGGACGUCUGGGCGUUCCUGGAGCUCUUCCUCACGCGCUUCCCGCAGUACGCGGGGCUGCCCUUCCACAUCGCCGCUGAGAGCUACGGCGGUAUGUACGCGCCAAGUAUCGCGAGCGUGGUGCACCACAAGAACCUCGAUCUUGCGAAGGGUGCGGACGCGCUGGCGCCCGGGCUGCUCCCCAUCAACCUCGCGUCGGUCAUUAUCGGCAACGGUAUCUCAGACCCGUACGUACAGAUGGCGAGUGUGCCCGACGCGGCGUGCGAGGGCGAGUUCCCGGUGUUCAGCGACCCACAGAGCGCGCAGUGCCAGGCGCUGCGCACGAAAGUGCCGACGUGCCAGCGGCUCAUCAAGAGCUGCUACGACUUUGACUCCAAGUUCACCUGCACGCCCGCGCUCCUGUACUGCAACAGUCAGCUCAUGGGUCCCAUUAUGCAGACUGGCCGGAACGUGUACGACGUGCGCCGAGAGUGCGAUCGCGAGAGGGACGGCCAGCUGUGCUACCAGGAGCUGACGUGGAUCGACACGUGGAUGAACCUGCCGGAGACGAAGCGCCAGCUGGGCGUGAACCCCGCGCUCGACUUCGCGAGCUGCAACAUGGAUGUGAACCAGGCGUUCGCGCUGCAGGGCGACGGCGCGCGCAACCGCGCGAAGCUCCUGCCCGAGCUCGUUGAAAGCGGCAUUCGCCUCCUCAUUUACGCGGGUGAUGCGGACAUGGCGUGCAACUACAUUGGUAACGAGCGCUGGGUCGAGAAGCUUGAGAACAAGUUCCACGACGAGUUCGCGUCGACGACGCUCCAGCCGUGGGUCACGCUCGACGAGGGCAAGCUCGCCGGCUGGGUGCGCAGUGCCGGCGGCGAUGGCUUCACCGCGGGCAACCUUACCUACGUCCAGGUCCACGCCGCUGGACACAUGGUUCCCUUCGACCAGCCUGAGGCCGCUCUGGACCUCAUCUCGCGUUGGCUCGAGGACGUCCCCCUUGUCCUGAACUGAGCAACUGCAGUGCAUACUUGUGGUCGCGCUCAGCGUUGUGUAAGUCAGUCGAGGCUAUACGGUCGGAUCUAUGUAUACCGCACAUGGACAUGGAUUGUAUAACUUUUAUAAACGCGACAUCCGUUAUCUUGC